CGUAGAUGUUCAUAAUUCUAGCCAUCCAUCCUCGUAGGCCGUUCCAUUCUGUAAGAACUAGAAGAUCCAAUAUUUUGCGCUUGCGGAUUUAUUGUUCCUAAGCCUAUCAGAGCGGCUUUAUACAAGGAGCUCGCAAAGAGACAGAUACUACUACCUGUACUCAGUCAACAUUUCUUAUGGCGGGAGUAGGUAUUACAAAUCCAACGAGGACAAAAAAGUAGAAGUUGCGGGGGACGAAGUGGCAAGGUGCUUAAGACAGGGGCACAAGCCAGCCAAGUGGAACCGGUGAUCGAUGGAGCUUCAUAUAUUUGAUUUUGAGACAUGACUUCUUCUAGUUGCAGUUGAGUAGUUGAUUAGGGUUUUUGAUUAGAUAGUGGAGGAGGCUAGUGGCAGAGGCAGCAGACGGCCCGGACUCGCGUGGCUUGGGGUGCAAGCCACGCAGCUACCAGCAGCAGAACCCCGAUCUUCUAUCCUCCUCCUUAACUAGAAGUCAAAUACUCAACUUAUCUACAUCAAACCUCCAAACCAACCAAUUAUAUCAUAUCAAGCUGUGCCUCUCUUCAGAUCCAUCGCAGCAGCUUCGAUUAACCACGGCUUCGCUGGCACUUGCAAAACGCUGAAGUUCUAUCCUUUAGUUCUUCCUUCCGCGCAACUUUUUUGUCCUACCUCGGUUUGUAAUACUUACUGCCGCCCUAUUUCUGAGAAGACCAGAUCAUGUCGGCGUCAAAGAAGAUGAGCAAAGUUAGCGUCAGCGCCCCGCGUGGAGGCUAUUCCGGGAUUCGUGGGCUGCUCGCUUCAUACGUAGGUUUGCCACCUGCAGGUGAUGAUGCCUACUGUCGGAGCGUUUCGAAUCGCACACUGUUGCCGCUAGUGUUGGUGCAUCUGAACAUCAUAAGCUAUGCCUUCGCUUACUGGAUCACGCAACCUGUGUUGCCUUACCUCUCCAAGUCCUUGGGCGCUGACGCCAUAACAUUCGGCUACUUGCAGACUGUGACAUCGGUGAUGCAAAUCCUAGGUGGUGCGGCAAUCGGAAGAUACGUUGAUGUCUACUCACCCCGGUACUAGCGAUUAUGGGACUAAUAAACCAGAAGUCCUGCAGCUAGUAGAGGUAGGCCAUUCUCUAGGUUAAAAAUACGCUGUUUGUGCUUUUUGAUGAAUUUCAACGGCAUCAUGGAUACCUUUGACGUCGCGCUAACAUCAUGGUAAGUACUUAUGUUCAUGAUGCUCUUGCUGUAUUUUGCGUAAUCAUGAAUUUGGAUUUUCAAUUUCAACUGAAUAAAGGUUCGGGAUGGUGGUUACGACUCUCGGAUCUGCGGCCAGUUACUUUUUUCUCGGGCUCUCGUUUCACACAGCGGUCCUUUUUCUCUCGAGAUUGCCCACAUGCCUCCAGCAAUGUAUGCAGGUAGCUCAAUCUUACGUCCCCAAGCUGCUUCUUUUUGAGCAGGAGCAACUUGUUCUGAAGGCAAAAAGUACUCAAAGCCGUGAGAUAAUGGACUUCUCUGAGUCACUGAAGGAGUCUUCCGCAGUAUUGUUGGGCAGACUAGCGCUCAGUUACGGUGUAGGGAUGGUCCUUGGUUCACUAUUCGGCGGCUUUCUAGCAGAACAAUUCGGUUUUCACGCCGUUGCGCUCUUGGCCUUUGCCCUUAGUAUGGCCGUUGCCGUGAUGAACGUCUUCUGCCUCGGGGACGUCGAGAGCACGGCUAGUGCGGGUGCAACAAGCGGCGCAGGGCUGGGUGCAAAAGCAGCUGACAUCAAGGGCACUAGAGGAGGUACCAAGCGUGACGGAUCUUCAGCACGCUCGUCAUCUAAACCACUGAGGCGCAGCAGCAGCACUUCCAGAGCCGGCAGAGGUCGCAGUGUAACGCCUAAACGCCAGACCUCUUCUUCGGGAGCGUCGACUUCUGGUAGUGUCAAAAAAGCAUCAACCUCAAAAGUGAAGACCUCUACGGGAGGAACUGACGUGUUUGGUUUACGUAAUUAUUUCCAUCUUCUGCGCGACCACGAUAAUUUACGAGCCGUUUUGGUGUAUACGACUCUGUUAUCCGUCGGCUUUCAAGUGCAACAGAGCAGCUUUUCCGUCGCUGCGAUAGACAAGUUUGACUUUCCGGCAUGCGAAAUGGGGAUGGUAAUGUCUGCUUACGCCGCAAUAAGCAUCGUCGUGAACACUUUUUUGAUAAAGCCUCCAAUUCGAUGGCUCGGGGAGGCGAAAGCUGUCGAGUACGCGACUUUCUGCAUAGUCUUUCUUCUCGCGGUAUACGCGAACGCGACGACGAAGGUUCAAGUCCUUCUUGUCCUAUUUCCGGUGUCGGUGCUGUCGGCUUUCAUCUACACUUUAUGUCAAUAAACUGUAAUUCCAAAGGAGAGGCAGAUGCCACUACUGCUAGGCUUUCUCCUCUACCAAGUCUUCAAUUUGUCUAAUCUACUCUCUCCGGAGUGUUCCCAAUAAGCCCUCCAUGUCCCCCCUUUCAUUCUGCGUGAUUACAAGUCUGGUAUCGCACCACGCUCGGACGGAGGAACAAGGGAGUGCUAUCGCUCUCAGGCACGCUGUGCGAUCGGCCGUUGGGAUCGUGGCGCCGCCAGUAGCCGGCUACAUCUUGCAAGAGAUCGGGUUUCCUGCGACGGGCUUCGUCGCCUCUGCCUUUGUGGCCCUCGCUGUUCUAGCUGCAAGAAAGACUCUAAAGGAUACGGGAGAGAUUUCCGCGAAGACGAAGUAGAGAAAAGACGAUCAUAAUGUGCAUAAGUACUCCAGUAAAGUCGCCAUGAAUCAAAUAUUGUGGUCCGAAAGCGAAAACUGGCGCUCAAAACCUAAUUGUUCCGAGAACUAGCUUCUCUCGUGAAGCACGCGCCUCACAGUAUAAUAGUUGUGUAGUUGCUUGGUGUGAUCAUAAUUAGGAAAUCGAUAGUCUGGACAAAAAAGCCAUGUAUCCACAAGCAAGCGAGGCUCAUUCG